AUGUUGCACUAUUCCAGUUGGAAAUACUGUCGAUGUUUGUUGCAUGGGCGUAAAAGUUGCCUGCGAGUGGUCGUGCCAAUUUAUCAGCAGUCAACUUUGGGGAUCCCAGUUUGUUCACGUCCAUCCUCAUCACUCAACAUUGACACUCCAGUCUGUCAGUCCAGAGAGAAUUGGUAUUAUCAGUUAUCUCAUGGAACCCCAAAGAUGAAUAUGGAUUUCAAUGCAGCAGAAGAAAGCACUGUCGUUAGGAGAUCUGAACCGAGAGAGGAUGUGAUUUCUGCAUUAAAAUCUUUCUUUGAAACAUUUGGGUGUUACAAUGUUCGAGAAGUGCUGGAUGAUUUACCUAUACAAGCAUAUAAAAUGAUUUUGUCAAGCUUCCCGACUGAAGACAACGUUUCAGCAGUGCCAUCAAACAAAAAGCAUAUUUAUGACACCGUACUAAAUAUGAAGUUAAAGGAGAGCCUGAAAAGGCCAUUGAGGUUUCAAACAAGUCAGCUCAUUGACAAUCGAAAAAUACAACCUGCUGCCAGUAGUGUAUGUUCUACUACAGAAAAUUUGCAAAGGCGGACGUUUAAAACAACGGCACAUUUUACCACUGUCGGCAAUGGAGCCGUGUCAUGUCAAGAAAAAGUGCACGAGCAUCCUAAUCGGGAGAAUAGAUCGAUAAAUGCGAAAACGAAGAUCGCUUCUGUUGAGCAACUAAAGCAACUUACUUCAGAAAAGGAUCUAAAUGGCAUUAAAAAAGUUUUAAGUGAAUGUCUCUGGCCGUAUCACCGUCGUCUAAAAACAUUCAUCGCAGACCUUUUUGAACUUUUUAUCACUCAUGGAAAAGAUGCUAGGGAGGGCAUAUGGCUUGUGGACAAUUUUGCAUCAGCAUGUAGCCGUGUUGUAUUGCCCAGUUCUCUCAUUGUACAGUUGAUCAGGCGAAUUUUAAAUGAAGAGGGUGUAGAAUCAGCAAUAAACUAUGCUCAUCAUUAUCGAGGUCUCUUGCUGACAAAGCCUCCUCCGGAUUUAUUCUGGAAAAAUUCCUCAGUUAUUGCCGAAAACCUCUUUACUGAUGCUUUUCAAAGAGAUCAAAAGGCGCGAAUUCACGAACUUUGUGACAUAAUGAUAGAUCUGGGUCUUCUGCGUGAUAGUUCACCUUAUUUGUGUGCUGUCGUUAAAUCUCAUUUGGAAAGUAAUGGUUUUGAUCGAACUUUCAACUUGUGGUAUAAAAAUGCUCAAAAAUAUCGUAGAAUUUCUGGUUCUCAUCUUCUCAUACGCCAUACUCUAGCUGAACAUAAUCUAAGUGACAUUCUCCGAGAGAAAAGGCUUCGAAACAUUUUGGGAAAACUUGAUGAAUUUGGGGCCUUCUACGAUGGUCUUGCUGAACUGGUUAUCGAAUUAAUAAGAAAAAAUAUGAUAUGUGAAGCUGAGCUAGUUCUAAAAAGACUGAAAAUUUCUGGACGCCAUUAUAAGCAAUCUCUCUACCGUCUAAAAUAUGACACGGAAAAUUUAUUUCAUAUCGAGCUUUUCGCUGCAGUUUUCUCAAGUUCUAUACUAGAGGAAACUAAUAUUCCUCGUUCACAAAAGAGCUUGCGAUGUCAGUUCUCAAAAACAAAUUCAACAGUUCCCUCGCCAAUUAUGAAUGUAUCAAAUCCCAAGAAUUUUCUAAUAUCACUUUUAUCAAUUUGGCAACCUCGUUGUAUGCAGAAAUUCGAGGUGCGUUCAAAAAAAAAAUUUAAAGCCGAUGUGAAACAAUUGCAGGAAGUUACUCACGUAGUGAAAAAUGUUUGGUUCGAAUUGGCAACUAAAGCUAAUGACUUUGAAUCAUUACAACGUCUACUUACCUGGGUUACGAAAUAUAACAGUGAUGAAUUCGGUCGUCUGAAAAAAGAAGUCGAAAAUUUCCUCGAAGGAAAAGAAAUUGGAACGUAG